AUGCUGCAGUGUCGGCCGGCCCAGGAGUUCAGCUUCGGCCCCCGGGCCCUGAAGGACGCCCUGGUCUCCACCAACGCGGCUCUGCAGCGCCUCUACGUCUCGGCCUUCUCCCCCGCCGAGCGGCUCUUCCUGUCGGAGGCCUACAACCCCCAGAGGACCCUCUUCUGCACGCUGCUCGUCCACUCGGCCUUCGACUGGCUCCUGAGCCGCCCGGAGGCCCUGGAGGACUUCGAGGCCUUCCACGCCUCUCUGCAGCACCGGAGGCAGAGCCUGGCCCGGAAGCACAUUUACCUGCAGCCGAUAGAUCUGAGUGAGGGGCCGGCGGGAUGCUCCCUGCUGAACCAUCUGUGCAGCUGCACAGAGGCCUUCUUCCUGGGCCUGAGGGUCAAGUGCCUGCCCUCGGUGGCAGCCGCGUCCAUCCGCUGCUUCUCACGCCCCAGUCGGGACUCUGACAGGGUCCAGCUCCACACGGACGGCAUCCUGUCUUUCUUGAAGAGCAACAAGCCGGGGGACGCCCUGUGCGUGCUGGGCCUCACGCUGUCUGACCUGUAUCCCCACGAGACCUGGAGCUUUACCUUCGGCAAGUUCCUUCCAGGGCACGAAGUGGGCGUCUGCAGCUUUGCCCGGUUCUCAGGGGCAUUCCCGAAGUCGGCGCCCAGGACCCCCGAUCCGGCCCUCGGGGAAGUGGCGGCCGACGGCCCCGAGGCCCCCCUGCGGGACGGGGGCUGGGCCCUGUGUUUCAGUGUCCUGGGGCUGGUCCAGUGCUGCAAGGUCACAUGCCACGAGCUCUGCCACCUCCUGGGCCUGGGGAACUGCCGCUGGCUCCGCUGCCUCAUGCAGGGCGCGCUCAGCCUGGACGAGGCCCUGCGGCGGCCCCUGGACCUGUGUCCCAUCUGUCUGCGGAAGCUGCAGCACGUCCUGGGCUUCAGGCUCGUCGAGAGGUACCAGAGACUCCUUGUCUGGAUCCAGGCGGUGGCCGAGACCUGGCCUGGCCAGGAGGCGGGGGAGCCAUCCACGUCGGAGGACACUCUGCCCGUCAGCAAUGAUUCGGGCGUGUGCUGCGAAAGUGACUCAGAGGCCGUCACCAGCCUGUCGGAGCCCGCCACCCCUGACGCCGGGGGCCCCGCCUUCUCCUCGGGGCUGGAGCUGGAGCCGGAGGAGGACGGGCUGAGCUCCCCGGCGGCCUCAGAGGCACCGCUGUCGCGUGGAGGCCCCGCAGAGGCCAUCAGGGAGCACGAGCGGUGGCUGGCGGCUUGCAUCCGGGCGCUGGAGAGGGAAGUGGCAGAGGAGGAGUUGGCCCAGGUGGACAGAGCUGUGGACGCCCUGGACCACUGGCAGAUGUUCACGGGGCGACUCCCAGCCACCAGGCAGGACCUGCCUGGUGGCAGAGAUAGCGCGGGGGUUCUUCGCAAGGCUCUGGGGCACAGGUUCUGCUCCCUGCGGAGGAAGCUGAGCACGCGUAAACUCUCCCGAGUGGAGGCAUCCCCCUGUCACUGGGAGGGGGACGAGAAUUAG